AUGCGCUCUCACCUCAAUCGCCUUGUCUUUCGCAAACUGCUGGCCAGCGAACCCAUAGCACAUCGCGGUUGUCUUCGUCCAUGCCAAUACCUGUCGUCAUGUUCGCCCGAACUGCAAGCCCUCCCGAGGGCACAACGACGCUCCUUUAUGAACAUCUUCAAGAAACCCCAACGCGUGUCCUCGGAACCAAGGAUGGCUCCCGGCCUAGAAAAGAUGAUCGAGUACUCCAAGAUGGAAAGACUCAGUGCAAGACUGCCGCCGCCCGACGCACUUCUUAAGGCUGUCACUGCCUACUUCUUCUACAAAUCGACCUACAAGACUAUUGACAAGGAUAUUCCUGAUGUUCAGGCCCAACACCUUCUUCGCUGUCUAAAAUACCUGGAUCAACACCUUGGUCUGCCAACUCUCGAACCCGAACUGCUCCGCUCAUGGAUAUUCGUUUUCGACCAUCGUGCCCAUAAAAAUUCUUCCAUCCAUCGAGACAUCGUCGAACUUCUGUACGCUGCACUCUGUCAGAACAGAGCACAACAAGGAAAAUCCCUGCGGCCACAAGAAUUCGCGGCUUACGUCAAAGCUAUGUGUGCUAUAGGAGGUACUGCAAAAGCGAGAGAUGAAGUUGUCAGAUACAGCAAUACAGACGUCGAUAAAAUUGAAGGUGACAAGCCCAUCCUGAAUUGGGAAUUGGUUAUUAAGGGCUUUGCAAGGGAACAAAAUGAGCAGGAACUUCUUCAUACCUUGAAGUGCUUGGACGACUAUAAUGUCGAAGGUUCUAGACAAUCCAUCAUGGGAACAGUAACAAGGUUCUACAUCAAACAAGACGAGAUUGAGAAAGCAGUCGAAUGGUACAACAAAACCAAGGAGGAUGUCGUUGCUGAGCAAGAUUUCCAUCGCCUACAACGGGCACUGCUUAAUCUGUGCAUACGGACGUCAAACGUCAAGUUUGGGCAACUCGUCAUGCGGGACAUCACAGCAGAAACCCCAACGAAAUAUCAGUGGGAUAUGAUUUUAGAAUGGGCUAUAGCGACAGGCAAGGGAGCUGACGAGAUCGACCGCAUGAUUGGUGUCAUGGAACGAGCGAAUCAAUCUCUUCCCAAAGGUGAAUGGCGGAUUCCUGACACCAUCAUGUUGAACAAACUUGUCAAGCUGGCGGUCGGUCGCAAAGACCCAUAUCUUGCCGAACGCCUCAUUGCCAUAGGCGGAGCAAGAAACAUACAACCGAAUGCGCUGACACUGAUCUACCAGAUGGAGUAUCGCUUAGCGGUCAAGGACGUUGAUGGCGCGUUGACCGUGUACAAGCAUUUGCAGUCUUAUGACCUUUCGAAGAACGAGGAUAUUUCUGUUGUCAACGAGCUUAUCCGGGCGAUGUGCGCAUCUGGACGACAAGAUUUUGACAGCAUCAUGAAUGUUGCAGCCGAUCUCUCAGACCGACAAGCACGGUUCGAGCCUGAAACCGUAUCAGCAUUGUCUGUAUUGCAUCUAUCGCGUGAUGAGGUACACGACGUGAUUGAUCUGCUCAACACUCACGUCCAUAGCUUUAACAUGGUCGGGCGUGCAUCUGUACAGAGCACACUGAUCGACUACUGUCUCAGGCCUUCGACAACAACAGCUCAAGCGUGGGAUACCUACAUUAUUCUAAAGCAGGUCUUCGACGAUACUACUCGGGAGCAGCGCGUCAGGAUAAUGAACGAUUUCUUCAGACGCCAGCGUACAGACAUGGCAGUACACGUCUUCAACCAUAUGCGAGCGCACACCCGGCAGGAUACCAUCCCUACCGUCGAUACAUAUGUGGCAUGUCUCUCCGGAAUUGGCAAAGCGAAGGACGAAGAGAGUCUCGAGGUUGUGUACAACCAGCUCAAACUGGAUUUCAACAUCGAGCCAAAUACACUGCUCCAAAAUGCCUUGAUGAAAGCAUACACGAGCUGUGAAUCUCCCAGGACAGCUCUAGGCUUCUGGGAUGACAUUGCUUCAAGUCGUGAGGGACCAAAUAUCAACAGCAUUCACCUUGCAAUGAGAGCAUGUGAAGAUGCCCCAUGGGGUGAUGAGAAAGCACGGCAAAUAUGGACGAAGCUAAGUCGUACUGGCAUCGAGCUCGACCAGGAUCUCUGGGCAAGCUAUGCUGCAGCACUGGUAGGCAACGGGAAUGUAGACAAUGCCAUUCAUCUACUGGAGGAAGCACAUGUCGAACAGGGACUCGACAUGGACACUCUUGUAAUUGGAUCAUUAUACAACGCUGCCCCGGGGCAAGUCAAGAAGGGCAUUGUCGAGGCUUGGGCUAAGGAGAGAUAUCCAGAAAUCUGGACAGCAUUGCAAGAGAUAGGCACACGCGUCUCAGAACAGACCGAGCUACCUGAGUUCAAGAUCGAUAGAGAGGUUGAGCCAUAG